AUGCGUUCUAUUCUGAUACUAGCUUGCACCUGCUUCUUAGCAUUGGCUGUUGACGAUUUUGUUAUGCCGGGUAGCGGUGAUAGUAUAUUAUCCGGUCCAAAUGUUGUCGUUGAUUUAGGUCAAGAUAAUUUUACACAAUUCAUUCAACAACAUUCAGUCGUAGUUGCUGAAUUCUAUGCGCCAUGGUGUCAUCAUUGUAAGCAAUUAACUCCACACUAUGAAGAAGCUGCACGUUUACUGAAAGAUAGUGAAAAUCCAGUAGCUUUUGCUAAAAUCGAUGCUACAGUUGAACAAACAUUAGCACAAGAAUAUUCUAUUCAAGGUUAUCCAACAUUAAAAAUCUUUCAUAAAAAUAGUCCAAAACCAAUUGAUUAUGAUGGUCCUCGUCAGUCAGGUCCAGCGAUUGCUGAUUAUAUGAAAGAGUUUGCUGAUCCUAGUUGGACACCUCCACCAUCGGAUGUUGCUGUUCUUACUGCUGAAAAUUUUUCAGACUUUAUUUCGAAUCAAGAAUUAGCAUUAGUUGAAUUUUAUGCUCCAUGGUGUGGCCAUUGUAAACGUCUUGAACCGAAAUUUGAAAAAGCAGCUACAUUAUUAAAAAAAGAUACUAACAUUCGCUUAGCAAAAAUUGAUGCUACGACUCAUGCUGAUUUAGCUAGUAGUCAUAAUGUUACUGGAUAUCCAACUUUAUUCGUCUAUCGCAAGGGUAGUAAACGAAUAGUCUAUGAUGGUGAGCAGACUGAAGAUGGAAUUGUGACAUAUAUGAAAGAAUUGUUAUCGUUACCAAGUCGUGAAAUACGAAAUGUUAAUGAUUAUAAGAGUUUAUUUCGAAAGAAUGAUCAACCAAUUAUAAUUGGUGUUUUUCAAAAUGAACAAGAUGCUUUAUUUCAAUUAUUUAUUGAUUAUGCAUAUAAAACACGAAAGAUUUUUCAAUUUGGACACACAUUUGAAAAACUAUCAACUUUAAGCGAUGUUCAAGCACCAGCCAUUGUUCUUCAACAUCACACUGAUGUUCGAUCGAAAUAUGAAAAAGAAAAAUUUAUUUUUAAUAAAGAUAAUGCAGUUGACAGUGAUAUUGAACAAUUUGUUGCACAAAAUCAAAUACCAUUAGUCGGUAUAAUAACACAAGAGAAUCAGCAAAAUAUUUAUUUAUCACGACGUCCAAUAUGUAUUGUUAUCUAUGAUCUUGAUUUUUCAUUUGAUCAUCGUGAACGAACACAAUAUUGGAGAACUAAAAUACUUAAAGUUGCUAAUAACUUUAAAAGCAAAUGUACAUUUGCUAUAGCUGAUGAAGCAAAAAUGUCAUCGCUAUUAAAAGAAUUUGGUCUUGAAGACUCAGGUGAAGAUGUAAAUGUUGGUUGCUAUGAUAUGAAAGGUUUAAAAUAUCGUAUGGAAGAUAAUGAUGAAUUUACAUCGGAAUCAUUUGAAAAUUUUGUUGAUCGAUUGGAUAAAGGCAAAAUUAAACCAUAUUUUAAGUCGCAACCAAUACCAAAACAAGCAAUUGUUAAUGGAAUACAUACAGUUGUUGGAAAAAAUUUUGAUAAAAUUGUUAAUGAUAAUAAAAAACAUGUUGUUAUCUUUUUCUAUGCACCAUGGUGUGGACAUUGUAAUGAUUUCAAACCAACAUACAGUAAACUUGCUCAAAGUUAUGCUGGUCAAUCAAAUCUCAUUUUAGCUCAGAUGGAUGCUACAGCGAACGAUAUUCCUCAAGGUUUCGAAGUCACUGGUUAUCCAACGAUUUUUAUUGUACCAACCAAUAAUAAACCGGUGAAAUAUGAAGGAAAUCGAGACAUCAACGAUUUAGUUAACUUUAUUAAUAAAAAUAUAGGAUCAAAAACGGAACUUUAA